AAUUUUCCAAAGCUCACUCCUUUUAAAACCCUAGCCCUUCACCACCCUCCUCAGAGCUACCUCCCAUGGCCUUUCUCGAGAAGCAAGAGGAGGAGGAGGAGGACGCGAUCGGCAUUGAAACCGAUCCCAACGCUCCUCUACGUUACCUACCCCUCGACCGUAUCUACUCUGCCGCUUCACUUUGCGUCGGAUCCAACGUCAUGUCCAAGAAGGUCAAAGCUCGGAAGCUUAUCGUCGGCGAUCCUCCUCAUCUCAAGCCACAUGGACCUCCUUCCUUGCACGUGUACUCUCGCCGUACCAGAAGGUCGCGCAAUGAGACACCAACUCCUUCCUACUUCGACUCUUUACUUGCUCGAAAUGGUGAAUCGGCGCCUGAGGUGGCACCCAAACUUGAAAUUGUUGAAUUUGUAGAUGUUGGGAAGGGAGAAAUGCAAGGGAAGAGUGGGCAUUUGAAUAAAAAGAGGAGAAUUGGGAGCAGUGAAUUGGUUAAAUUAGGGAUCGAUUCUAAUUCCACUGUUUUGUGGGAGCUUGGAAGGUCGCGAUUGAGGGAUUGUCGCAUCGAUAACAAUGUUAACAAUAGCAACGCUGGGAGCAUCAGGAAGAGGAGGCGUGAUUCUAACAAGAAUCUGGAGAAAGUUUCUAAAAGUUCGAUGGCUAGGAAGAAAUGGUUCAGGUUGAGCUUUGAUGGUGUUGAUCCUGAAACAUUCAUUGGGUUGCGGUUACAGGUCUUUUGGCCAUUGGAUGCUGAUUGGUAUAUUGGUCGAGUUGUUGGAUACAAUACUGAGAGUAAUAGACAUAGUGUUAAGUAUGAAGAUGGGGAUCAAGAAGAUUUGGUUCUUUCAAAGGAGAAUAUAAAGUUUUAUAUUUCCUUUGAGGAGAUGGAACGUCUGAACCUUAGUUGCAAAAUUAAUAGUACAGAUAAUGAUGGCUAUCAUUACGAUGAGAUGGUUGUGUUGGCUGCCUCUUUAGAUGAUUGCCAAGAGCUCGAACCUGGUGAUAUUGUGUGGGCGAAGCUCACUGGUCAUGCCAUGUGGCCAGCAAUUGUUGUGGAUGAAUUGCUUAUUGGUGGUUGUAAGGGUUUAAGCAAAACUUCAGGAGGAAAAUCAGUUCCUGUGCAAUUCUUUGGUACCCAUGAUUUUGCAAGAAUAAAAGUGAAACUGGUCGUCUCAUUUCUCAAAGGACUUCUCUCUUCAUUCCAUCUUAAAUGCAAGAAACUUCGUUUCACUCGGAGCUUGGAAGAAGCAAAAAGAAUUUAUGCCUUUGAUGAUGUCUAUGAUGUCCUCUUUUUCAAAUACCUGAGUGAACGCAAGCUUCCAAAAAGAAUGCGACAGCUGCAAAAAAUAAUUGAUGCUGAUAAUUUUCAAUGCAAAAGUAACGAGGAUGAAGGGAAUACGGAUUCAGAUGAUGAUUCCAGAAAAGAUGAAGGGAUCCUGAGAGCUGCAGAACUCCUAGAUUCUCCACAUGUAGAGGGGGAUUUACAAAUUAUAAAGCUUGGAGAGGUUGUCAAGGACUCAGAAUAUUUUCAUGAUGAUAGAUUUGUCUGGCCUGAGGGGUAUACUGCUCUUAGGAAAUUUUCUUCAAUAACAGAUCCAAGUGUUUGUACCUUAUACAGAAUGGAAGUGUUGAGAGAUCCUCAAUCAAAGAGUCGACCUCUAUUUAGAGUUACAAUUGAUAAUGGAGAGCAGUUUGAAGGAUCAACUCCGUCAGCAUGCUGGAAUAGGAUAUAUAAAAGAAUACAAAAGAUACAGCACGGUACUUCUGAUAGUGCUGAAGUUGGACUAGGAAGAAUUGGUGUAUCAGGUCCUGACAUGUUUGGUUUUUCAAAUCCUGAAGUUGUAAAACUGAUACAGGAGUUGUCAAAGUCCAGACUUACUUCAAAGUUUUCUAAAUGCAAGUUAGGACCUGGAAGAUAUAGGGAGCUGGCUGUUGGGUACAGACCUGUUCGAGUUAAGUGGAAAGACCUUGAUAAGUGCAGUGUUUGCCACAUGGAUGAGGAGUACGAGAACAACCUAUUUCUGCAGUGUGACAAAUGCAGAAUUAUGGUCCAUGCUAGGUGCUAUGGGGAACUAGAACCUGUUGAUGGUGUUUUGUGGCUGUGCAACCUAUGUCGCCCUGGGUCACCUGAGUCCCCCCCUCCUUGCUGCCUCUGCCCUGUUGUAGGGGGUGCAAUGAAGCCUACAACUGAUGGUCGCUGGGCUCAUCUGGCUUGUGCAAUAUGGAUACCUGAAACCUGCUUAUCUGAUGUCAAGCGAAUGGAACCCAUUGAUGGGCUAAAUAGAAUCAACAAGGACCGUUGGAAGUUGUUGUGUAGCAUCUGUCAAGUGUCAUAUGGAGCAUGUAUCCAAUGUUCAAAUAAUACCUGUCGUGUAGCAUAUCAUCCACUCUGUGCACGUGCUGCAGGUCUUUGUGUUGAGCUUGAGGAUGAGGAGAGACUUCAUCUCCUGGCAGUUGAUGAUGAUGAUGAAGAUCAAUGCAUUCGACUGGUUUCCUUUUGCAAGAAGCACAAGCAACCAUCCAAUGAGCGUAAGUCAGUUGAUAAAUGGAUUGGUGGAAAGCUACAUCAAUGUUCUGACUACAGUCCUCCAAUUAAUCCAUCUGGUUGUGCUCGUAUGGAGCCAUACAAUCAUUUGGGAAGAAGAGGCAGGAAAGAACCUGAAGCUCUGGCUGCUGCAUCCUUGAAGCGCCUGUUUGUAGAGAAUCAACCUUACUUGGUUGGUGGCUACUGCCAACGUGGAGUGCCGGGCAGCAUAUUACCUUAUGGUAGGGUUAGUGGAUUGAAAAUCUCUUCCAGUCUUCAUAGGCUAAAAACCUCCCAGCCUGAUUCUGUGGACAACAUUCUUUCUGUGGCCGACAAAUAUAAAUAUAUGAGGGAGACUUUCAGAAAGAGAUUGGCAUUUGGUAAAUCUGGAAUUCAUGGUUUUGGCAUCUUUGCAAAACAUCCACACAGGGCAGGAGACAUGGUGAUUGAAUACACAGGUGAACUUGUUAGACCAUCUAUAGCUGACAGAAGAGAACAUUUAAUAUACAAUUCAUUAGUGGGUGCUGGGACUUAUAUGUUUAGAAUCAAUGCUGAGCGAGUGAUUGAUGCUACAAGGGCAGGAAGCAUAGCUCAUCUGAUUAAUCACUCAUGUGAACCAAAUUGCUAUUCAAGACUUAUUAGCGUCAAUGGUGACGAGCAUGUUAUCAUAUUCGCAAAGAGAGAUAUUAAGAGAUGGGAAGAAUUGACCUACGAUUAUAGGUUCUUUUCCAUUGAUGAGCGUCUGGCAUGCUAUUGUGGCUUCCCAAGUUGUCGUGGGGUUGUCAACGACACUGAAUCCGAGGAGCAAGUGGCAAAGAAAAUAAAUGUACCUCGCAGUGAAUUAAUAGAGUGAAGGACCCACGUCUGGUUUGGGAUCUUGUACAUUUUUCAUUCACAUCAUUAUUUCCCAAGAACUUAAUUUUUUCUCAAACUGCUUAGCUGCCCUGAUAUACUAAUUCUGGAAGUCAUUAUGAUGCAAGUGAAGAAUAGCAAGAUAAUCGCCGUUAACUCACUAUUGAUUAGUUUGUAACAAACUAGUCGUAACUAUCCAAAUACUGCCCAUUGCAUCAACUGUUUCCUCGUAUAAAUACACAUUCAAUGUCUCAGACAACUGUAUCAUGGGUGUUGAAAAGAAGAAAAGAGGAUUAUUAAGAGCCAUAGGGGACGUCCCAUGUUGCCUACAAGGACUUUAGAAGUCAGAACUCAAGCAUUCUGAGAGAAGUAGAAGCCAAAAAACACUAGCAUAUCUCAGUAAAGCUCUCGCACUAAU